UGCUCUUUAAAAUGCUCAGGAAUAAAAUGGAAGGAGAAUCGAGCAGAUUUGAAAUCCAUACUCCAGUUUUUGACAAGAAAAAGAAAAAGAAGCAUUGUGUACAUAAGGAAAGACAUCAGAAACAUUCCCAUGAAAGUUUCAGAGACUCCUCCCUGAUAAGUGAUCAGCCUCAAAUAACUAAGAGUAAAAAGAAGAGAAAAGAUUUCCAACAUCUGGUUUCUUCUCCUUUGAAAAAGUCAAAACUCUGUGAUGAGACUGAAAGGGCCACUUCUACACACAAAAAGAAGAAAAAGAAAAGAACUAGUGCUUUGGGGGUAGACAAGGAGACAGGUGUUACAUGUGUCCAUGUGGAUAAAGAAAACAUCGAGAACAUGCCAAAGAAUUCUAAAAAGGGUGAUUAUGCUGUUGAUGUUGGUAAGAACGUGAAACAAAGGUCGACAAAACAGCCGAAAGCAGACAAGAUGCAUGUAGUUGCUAAGUCACAUAAAAACAAAUCAGAAGAACUGCACUAUAAAGUUAGGAAGAAAAAGUCUAAAAACCGUCAGAGGGAAGUUGCCUCCUGCACUGCCCUACAGGAAAGCCAGCAUACAAGUGUCACCCUGCCCCAGCUGGAAUUGCGUGAGCAAGAAUCCUGGCCUUCUGGGAGCCAAGAAGGCAAAAUUACGGAACUACCAAUAUCUGCUGAUAAAAACAAGUCUAAGAAAAAAAAGAAAAAAAAGGCCAAAUCCAGUAACCAGGAAUUUGAGGCAUCAGCCAUGCCUGAGAAUCUUGUGAGUGCACACUCUGCAGACUCACAAGUGGUCAGUGAGGUUGGCGCUGUGGAAGGCAGCGAUGUCCUCACAGGGGUCACAGAAUCCAGUAGUGCAAAGAAAAAGGGUAAGAAAAGGAAGCACGCUUCUGUCAAAAGUGCUGUGGCGUCCAGUGGGGAGUUUUCUGUGCUCAGUAGGAACUCUGAGAACAUAACCUCUGACUUACUGGGAAGUAGCGGUGCCUUGAUCGAAGAAAGGGUGAAGCCCAGGCCACAAAAGAAGAAAGCCCGGGCCUGUUCAGCAGACAGGCAUGUGGAAGAGGUGUGCAGGUUAGAACCUACAAAUGAAGAUGAAAACAAUUUAGAGUCAGCUAAAGAUUCUGAAACAAAACAUUUAUCUGAAGAUUGGAGAGAUGCAAGUGAUUCAGAUGUGGAUUUGGAUUCUGCUGUGAAGCAGCUUCAAGAAUUCAUUCCUAACAUAAAGGAAAGGGCUGCCACUACGAUUAAACGGAUGUAUCGGGAUGACUUGGGGCGAUUUAAAGAAUUUAAAGCACAAGGUGUCACUAUUAAAUUCGGCAAGUUUUCUGUCAAGGAAAAUAAGCAGUUAGAGAAAAACGUGCAAGACUUUCUGGCCCUGACAGGAAUUGAGAGUGCCGAUAAGCUGCUGUACACAUACAGAUACCCAGAGGAAAAAUCUACCAUCACUGACUUAAAAAGGAAAUACUCAUUUAGACUGCACAUUGGUAAAUAUAGCGAAGCAGACACCAAGAAGUUAAAGAUGUACCAUUCUCUCCACGGGAAUGACUGGAAAAAGAUUGGAGAGAUGGUGGCCCGAAGUAGCCUCUCUGUGGCCCUGAAGUUCUCCCAGAUCAGCACUGAAAGAAACCAUGGUGCUUGGAGUAAGGCAGAAACCCAGAAACUAAUUAAGGCUGUUGAAGAAGUGAUUUUAAAGAAAAUGUCUCACCAGGAGUUGGAUGAGGUCGAUUCCAGACUUCAAGAAAACCCUGAAGAUCGCCUGUCAGUUGUUCGGGAGAAGCUUUACAGGGGCAUAUCUUGGGUAGAAGUAGAAGCUAAAGUGGAAACCAGAAACUGGAUGCAGUGUAAAAGUAAGUGGACAGAAAUUCUAACCAAGAGGAUGACUAAUGGCCGGAACAUAUACCGAGGAGUUAAUGGCCUGCGGGCCAAAAUCAAUCUUAUUGAAAGGUUAUAUGAAGAAGAUGUAGAAGAUGCCAAUGAAAUAGAUUGGGAGGAUCUUGCCAGUGCCAUAGGUGAUGUUCCUCCAUCUUACGUUCAAAGUAAAUUUUAUAAGCUGAAAGCUACCUAUGUUCCCUUUUGGCAGAGGAAGACUUUUUCAGAGAUCAUCGACUACCUUUACGAGACUAUUCUACCUUUGUUUAAAGAGACUUUAGAAAAGAAGAUGAAGAGAAAAGGCACUAAAAUCCAGACUCCUGCAGCACCCAAGCCAGUUUUCCUGUUUAGAGACAUCUUUUACUGUGAAGAUGACAGUGAGGAAGAAGACACAGAACAAAAUUAAGCAGAAGUUGCUAUUCUUUUUAUAUCAAGUUUUGUUGUAUUUAUAUACAUGAGCCAGUAAAGCUAUUCUCAGUCUCAGUGGUUUUGGGG